UCAAUCUUAACCAUCCAGUACAAUAUCCGUUCAUUCAUGAAUGUGAAAAACUGGCCAUGGCUGAAAGUGUACUUCAAGAUCAAGCCUCUUCUGAAGAGUGCUGAGACUGAGAAGGAGCUGCAACAGAUGAAGGAGAACUAUGAUAAGAUGAAAUCCGACUUGGCUGCUGCCCUGGCCAAGAAGAAGGAGCUGGAGGAGAAGAUGGUUUCCCUAGUGCAGGAAAAGAAUGACCUGCAACUCCAAGUGGCUUCAGAAGGCGAGAACCUCUCUGAUGCUGAGGAGAGGUGUGAGGGGCUCAUUAAGAGCAAGAUCCAGCUUGAAGCUAAACUCAAAGAGACAACUGAGAGACUGGAGGAUGAAGAGGAAAUCAAUGCUGAGCUGACUGGUAAGAAGAGGAAGCUGGAGGAUGAAUGCUCUGAGCUGAAGAAAGACAUUGAUGACUUGGAGCUCACCUUGGCUAAAGUGGAGAAGGAGAAACAUGCCACAGAAAACAAGGUGAAAAACCUGACAGAGGAGAUGGCAUCUCAAGAUGAGUCUAUUGCCAAGUUAACAAAGGAGAAGAAAGCCCUCCAAGAGGCCCACCAGCAAACACUUGAUGAUCUCCAGGCAGAGGAAGACAAAGUCAACACUCUGACCAAGGCCAAGACAAAGCUGGAGCAGCAAGUGGACGAUCUUGAGGGAUCACUGGAGCAAGAGAAGAAGCUCCGCAUGGACCUUGAGCGAGCCAAGAGAAAGCUUGAGGGA